AUGGAAGAAGAGGGACAGGAGACAGACGACAGGCACAGGAUGGACAGAUUUCCACAACAGAAAUUGUUAUGGCACUGUGUAGUUACUGAAUCAAGUCCUCUUCUAAGAAAGGAAUGUGAGGAGGAAAAGGAUGGUUCACCAUCACAAUAUUUUGUGACAACCCAGAGAGAAACAUCAAGGGCAGCCCAGCAGCCUCCUCCGGCAUGCGCCAGCCAUUUGCAGUGGCACAGCACCUAA